CGCGCUUGCCUAGUCAUCUUGUUUUCCAGGCGUUUAGACGCUGCGGUUGUUAGCUCCAUACUGCCGUAGGAGCUUGUCGCAGCCAGCUGGGUUUUCUCCGUGGUCGUGUUGCAAGCAUUGCCUCCUUAGGCUUGGACUCUCUGGCCAGGACGAUGAGACACUCAAAAAGAAGUUACUGUCCUGAUUGGGAUGAAAAAGAUUGGGAUUAUGGAAAAUGGAGGAGCAGCAGCGGCAGUCAUAAAAGAAAGAAGAGAUCGCAUAGCAGUGCACGGGAGAACAAGCGCUGCAGAUACAAUUACUCUAAAACAUCUGAUAGCUAUUACCUGGAAAGCAGAUCCUUAAAUGAGAAAGAUUAUCAUAGUCGACGCUACAUUGAUGAAUACAGAAAUGACUACAGUCAAGGAUGUGAACCUGGACAUCGACAUAGAGAUUAUGAAAGCAGAUAUCAGAACCAUAGUAGCAAGUCCUCUUGUAGAAGUGGGAGAAGUAGUUAUAAAAGCAAACACAGAAUUCACGACAGCACUUCAUAUCAUCGUUCACAUGGGAAGAGUCACCGAAGGAAAAGAACCAGGAGUGUAGAGGAUGAUGAGGAGGGUCACCUGAUCUGUCAGAGUGGAGACGUACUAAGUGCAAGAUAUGAAAUUGUUGAUACUUUAGGUGAAGGAGCUUUUGGAAAAGUUGUGGAGUGUAUUGAUCAUAAAGCGGGAGGUAGACAUGUAGCAGUAAAAAUAGUUAAAAAUGUGGAUAGAUAUUGUGAAGCAGCUCGCUCAGAAAUACAAGUUCUGGAACACUUAAAUACAACAGACCCUAGCAGUACAUUCCGCUGUGUCCAGAUGUUGGAGUGGUUUGAGCAUCAUGGUCAUGUCUGCAUUGUGUUUGAACUAUUGGGACUUAGUACUUACGACUUUAUUAAGGAAAAUGGUUUUCUGCCCUUUCGACUGGAUCAUAUCAGGAGGAUGGCAUACCAGAUAUGCAAGUCUGUGAACUUUUUGCACAGUAAUAAGUUGACUCACACAGACUUAAAGCCUGAAAACAUCUUAUUUGUACAGUCUGACUACACAGAGGCAUAUAAUCCCAAAAUGAAACGUGAUGAACGUACUUUAAUAAAUCCAGAUAUUAAAGUUGUAGACUUUGGGAGUGCAACAUAUGAUGAUGAACAUCAUAGUACAUUGGUAUCUACAAGACAUUAUAGGGCACCUGAAGUUAUAUUAGCUUUAGGAUGGUCCCAGCCAUGUGAUGUCUGGAGUAUAGGAUGUAUUCUUAUUGAAUAUUACCUUGGGUUUACAGUAUUUCCAACGCAUGAUAGUAAGGAACAUUUGGCAAUGAUGGAAAGGAUUCUUGGGCCUUUACCAAAACACAUGAUACAGAAAACCAGGAAACGUAAAUAUUUCCAUCAUGAUCGAUUAGACUGGGAUGAACAUAGUUCUGCUGGCAGAUACGUUUCAAGGCGUUGUAAACCUCUGAAGGAAUUUAUGCUUUCUCAAGAUGCUGAACAUGAGCUUCUCUUUGACCUUAUUCAGAAAAUGUUGGAGUAUGAACCAGCUAAAAGGAUCACUCUUAAAGAAGCCUUAAAGCAUCCUUUCUUUUACCCCCUUAAAAAAGCUAUGUAAAUCUGCAAUUGUAUAGUUCCAUUAUAAGAGACCAUAUGGACUGUAUCAGUCCCAUUUUUAAAUAUUGUUAUUUUGUACAGCUUUUGUAAAUUUCUUGCAAUUUUGUAUUGCCAUGUUUAUUUUGUUUGGAUGAUUUAAGUAAAUAGUAAUGAAUGUCCUUUUCAGUAAUUACUGUAUGAAAUUAUUAUUCAGAAUAAACUUUCUUAUUUAUGAAAUUUA